CAGCAUGGCUGACCAACAGACUGAAGAGCAGAUUGAGAAGAGCUUCAAAGAAGCUUUCUCACUAUUUGACAAGGAUGGGGAUGGGACAAUAACAACAAAGGAGCUGGGGACAGUGAUGAGGUCCCUGGGGCAGAACCCCGCAGAAGCAGAGCUGCAGGACAUGAUCAAUGAAGUAGAUGCAGAUGGUAACGGCACAAUCGACUUCCUGGAAUUGCUGACAAUGAUGGCAAGAAAAAGGAAAGACACAGACAGUGAAGAAGAAAUUCGAGAAGGAUUCUGUGUGUCUGAUAAGGGUGGCAAUGGCUGUAUUAGUACAGCAGAGCUUCGCCACGUGAUGACAAACCUCGGAGAGAAGUUAACAGAUGAAGGGGUUGAUGAAAUGAUCAGGGAAGCAGAUGCUGAUGGGGAUGCUCAGGUAAACUACGAAGAGUUUGUACAAAUGAUGACAGCAAAGUCAAGACACUAUACAGAAUGUGUUAAAUUUCAUGUACAAAAUUGUAUAUUUGCAUUUUCUUUGCUUGCAACUUAUCUGUAA